CCGAUUGUCUUUUCCUAGAUCAGCUGCAAAUCCUUCGAUGGGGGUGGAACCGGAGUUCUCCGUCGCCGGUGCUCGGAAUUGUGAAGGUUUCUCACCGCGGAAAAGGGGGGAAACUCAGAGAAAAAACGGGGAACUGUACCCAUCAAUAUUCAUUAAAGCAAGACUUUUAGUUUAUCCCUAAAAUUCGCCCAUUAUAUUCAUGGAGCUUCAUUACUUCAGAUCUGAUUUUGUAUUUGAGUCAAAAAGGUAUUUGGACUUUCUAUAAAGCUCUCUGGACUGCUUUCUGAACUAAUAGACUUUUGUUUCUUAAUGUCUUAAUUUCUCAAAUGAUAUAUAAUUGUGCAAUCUGCUCUCACCAGUUGCUGAAUUCUUGUGGCAUUGAACUCUAUUGUGCAUUCUGUAUUUUUCUUUCCUUUUCAGCUAUUUGGUUUACUUUUUUAUGCUCAAACUUUUUGUUUUUUUCUUGUGUUUUCUUAUCAUUUGUAAUUUGAAGUUUGUAAGUUUUCCCAUCUGAUCAGUUCGCAGUAUCUGCAGGUAUAGGUUUGAAGGAUCAUGGAUCAUCGGAUGAGCAUGCUGCCUAGAUUCGGUCUGGGGAACGAUAUCAUUUUUACCACAUUAAAACAGCCACUGGGUAAUGCUGAGAGGUCCAAGGACGAGUCUUUACCUCUCAAUGCCACGGAUGCCCCUUCAACUAGGAUCAUUGGUACUUAUGCUCCUAGGCCGGAAUCUGAUCCUGUGAUCAAGUACCUUAACCAAAUACUGCUUGAGGAUGAUGAUAAUGAUCAGAGCUUCUCCUAUGACCCCAUUGCGCUCCGAGCUGCUGAGAAUUCCUUUUAUGAAGCCCUACAUCAGAACCCAUCACCCCCUAAUCAAUGGGAAAGUGGAAGCACCAUUAGUAUGAGCAAUGACACUGUUCCCCAGUGUAAUGUUGACCCUGGAGGAUCAAAACAAUAUCUGGCCAGUGUUCCUCCUGACUUCUCUUUCCAGUCAUUGACUGCAUCGGAUUGUUCAAACGGAUCUUUACGUUGCUUUGACAGUAUUGACAAAUCUGAAUCGAAUUCUUUCCUAUAUGCUAAUUCGGUUCCAAGUAUGCUACCUGAUGCUAAUGACUUCGUCUUGCAUUUCAAUAGAGGUAAGGAGGAAGGCACUAGAAUAUUCUUUCCUCAAGUGGCUGUUGAUACAGGUAAGAAGGCCAAAGGAAAGAAGCAUCACCACAAAGAUGAUGAUGGCAGGCCAGAGGAAGAAAGGAGCAGUAAGCAUUCGGCAGUGUGUGCUGAUGCAGUUGCGUUAUCAGAGGUGUUUGAUAAGGUUUUGCUGUGCAGUGACGAUAUGGAAUCUCAAUCUGAGGAUGGAAAGGGUACCAAAUGGAAGGGGCUUGGUAAUGGGAGAAGACAUUCAAAGAGAAGAGGAAACAGGUCUGAAUUUGUGGAUCUACCAUCCCUUUUAACCAGCUGUGCACAAUCUAUUGCUGCUGUUGACCAUAGGACCACAAAAGAGCUAUUGAAGGAGAUCAGGCAGAAGUCGUCACCUACUGGCUAUGCAGUCCAAAGGAUGGCUCAUGCAUUUGCAAAUGCUCUUGAGGCAAGGCUUGAUGGAACUGGCGCACAACUAAGUGCAGCCUCAACACAAAAUAAAGAGUUAGUUUGUGAGUUGCUAAAAACCCACCUUACAUCUUGGCCUGUCAUGAGGGUUUCAAUUUUCUUUGCGAAUAGAAGGAUCUAUGAGGUAUCCUCAAAGGGCACAUCACUGCAUGUCAUUGAUUUUGGCAUUAAUUAUGGUAUCCAGUGGCCCACUCUCAUCCGGGAUCUUUCACAAAGACCUGGUGGUCCACCCAAACUUCGAAUAACUGGAAUUGAGCUUCCCCAACCCGGUUUUCGUCCGGCACAAAUGGUAGAAGAGACUGGUUGUCGCUUGGCUGAAUACUGCAAGCGUUAUGGUGUGUCAUUCGAGUACAAUGCCAUAACAAGCAAUGACUGGGAGACAAUUAAGAUUGAUAACUUGAAGAUUAUGAGUGGUGAGGUGGUGAUUGUUAACUCUCUGUUUCGAUACCGGCACCUAUUGGAUGAGAGGGCUUUGGUUUCACACAGCCCAAAGGAUGCAGUUCUGAACCUAAUCCGGGAAGCAAACCCUCAUUUAUACGUGCAAGCUACGCUGUUAGCAUCGCACAACUCUCAUUUCUUUGUAAGCCGGUUCCGAGAGGCUCUCUGCUUCUACUCUGAUCUCUUUGACUUGUUCGAUGCGACCAUAAACCACAGUGACGCAGUGAGCUUCGAACAAAAAAUUGUUGGGCCCGAAAUAGUGAAUGUCAUUGCGUGUGAGGGCGCAGAAAGAGUGGAGAGGCCUGAAACAUACAAGCAGUGGGAAUCGCGCAAUAUGAGGGCUGGGUUUAAGCCUCUCCCCGUAAACCCAGAACUGGUGAAGGAGUUGAGGGGCAAGGUGAAGGCAGGAUAUCACAGAGAGUUCCUGCUUGAUGAAGAUGGUCCUUGGAUACUGCAUGGGUGGAAGGGUCGGAUUCUUUGCGGUAGUGCUUGCUGGGUACCUACCUGCACACCAAACUAACAAGCUAUGAUAGAUAGAUAGAUUGAUUUUUAGUUUGUAGUUGUUCUAUUCCAACAUGGAACUUUCAUAAUAUAAAAAUUGGAACUUU